AUGGAAGAGGUUGAUUAUGAAGCUAAUAUAUUAGAAUCUGAAAGUUCCGAAGAUUCAUAUGGCAGUGGAACUACAGAAUCUUCUGGAGAGAGUAAUAGUACACAAACAACUAAUCCUCCCGAAACUUUUUUGGAUCCAAAUAAUAUUGGACCGUCAACAGUGUUUUACAGAGAAACAAGCACACGUCCAGAUAUUCGAGAAUUAAGAGAAAAAGCCAAAAACGCAAAAUACACCAAAGCCCCGCCUGUCGAUAAAACCAAAAAGAAUUUUGGUACAUUUGCAGGUGUAUUCCUUCCAGUUAUAGUAAACCUUAUUUCGAUGACAUAUUGGGUUCGUGCAGGAAAACUUGUUGGUGAUUGCGGCGUAGUUUAUUCUUUACUUAUUAUUUGGGUUUCGGCGAUUAUUUCCAUAAUCAUCAUUACAUCAUUAUGUGCUUUAGGAACAAAUGGUGAAAUGGAUAGAGGUGGCGUAUAUUUUGUUAUUUCAAGAUCAAUCGGUCCUGAACUCGGCAGAUGCUUAAACAUUUUCCUCGAUAUUUCUACGUGCUUGAGUGCAGCAGCAGUUGUUGUUGGUUUUGCAGAAACAAUCGUAUCAAUGUACGAUCCAAAAUACUUCACAGGAAGUUAUAUGAACGAUGUUCGCCUUCUUGCGUUUGCAUUCAUGUUCAUUUCGAUUCCGCUUUCUACAAAAUGGACAUACUCCUUGAGAAUUACUGCAACAUUCCAUACAAUCGGCCUACUCUCAUUUUUCAUUGGAUGUUUUGCAAGAAAGAAACAUUCAACUAUGGGAUUUAUGACACCAAACGUCGAUACAUUCAAGUCAAAUGCAAUUGCACCAGAAAUGACUGUUCAGAAAUUCUUCAGUUAUAUUUACACUGUAUCUCCUGGUUUUACAUCAUUAACUGGAUGCUUCUCAUACGCUGGAUCACUAAAGAGACCUGCGAAAAUGAUUCCAAGAGGUUUAAUCAUUGCAUUUUCAAUAUCAUUAUUAAUUUGGCACGUAACAAUUAUUAUGUUAGGUCUUUGCGGCGAUCGACAGUUCCUACAAGACAACAUCAUCAGUCCUAUCAUGUCAUUUGGCAUUAAUAAAUGGAUUGGAUUUGCCACAAUUAUUGUAUUCAGUAUUCAUCGAUCUUCUUACAGACAUGGCAAGCGAUGGACUUAUUCCUAA